AGUACAACAAGUCCAUAUGCUACACCAUAUAUCAGUCCAACUGCAUUGCUGUCAAGUACCGACAGCUGUGUGUCCACUUGCAGUAAACGACUUACCCUCCGUCUUUCACAUUUAUCAUGCUGAUGAUGUUAGUUUCAUAUUACAAAAUUUUCGUUAUGUAACCCAGUGUCUCUCUAAUAUCUGAUCUUUCAGGCGAGUUUUCAGUUGACGUUAAUUCAUCUUCAUCUGACAGGAAUAGCCGAGAAGACAGUAUAGUUGAAGGUGUUAUGGUAGAUCUUGAUUCUAUGUGGAACGCAAAAUCACCGACUGUGGCGAAAAAGAACACCCAAGAAGCUAAGGCUGAGGAUUCUGAAGACCCAACCCUAUCCUCUGCCGAAGAAAAUGAAUAUUCUUUUCGCGACGAUUUGGAUAGCCAAACAUGGGAACCACCCGAGCCAGAAAACCCACAGGAUGAUAUGGACAAUUGUGUGGCAUGUAACGAUGAUGAUGAGGAUCAGGGCAUUGGGAUUGCGAACUGGGGCGAGCCAACCGCUAUGAGUAGUUCUAAGGAUGAAUUAGGUGGGGGCUAUAGGUUUAGAGAGGAAACACAAAGAGAAUUGGAAAAAGUAUUGAAUGGAAAAUUUAAGGCUCUUGUAGGUCAGCUUCUUAAAUCUGUGGGAGUUUCCUCUUCUGAUGAAGGUGAUAAGAGUUGGGUUGACAUAGUUACAUAUUUAUCUUGGGAAGCUGCGGCAUUUUUGAAGCCCGAUGCUAUCGGAGGUAAUGCGAUGAAUCCUGAUGGGUUUGUUAAAGUGAAAUGCGUUGCAGCUGGUACUCGCAGCCAAAGUCGACUAUUCAAAGGUUUGGUCUUCAAAAAGCACGCCGCUCAUAAGCAUAUGCCAACUAAGUACAAAAAUCCAAGGUUGCUACUGAUAAAGGGCAUGCUUGGCCAUUCUAUGAAUGCACUGUCCUCGUUUAACUCCAUGGACCAGGAGAAAGACUAUCUGAAAUCUAAACUGGAUCUUAUAACAUUAUGUCAUCCAAAUGUUAUAUUAGCGGAGAAAACAGUUUCUCGUGAUAUACAAGAGGCGAUUCUGGUCAAGGGGAUGACACUAGUACUUGAUAUGAAGCUUCAUCGACUGGAAAGAGUUGCACGUUGCACUGGUUCACCAAUUCUUUCAUGCGAUGAUUUGAACGGCCAAAAACUAAGACAGUGUGACUCUAUUUAUUUUGAGAAAUUUGUGGAGGAACAUGAUGGUACUGGUGAAGGAGGAAAGAGGCCCACCAAGACCUUGAUGUUUAUCGAGGGAUGUCCUACACGUCUCGGCUGUACGAUUUUGCUGAAAGGAACACACAGCGAUGAACUGAAGAGGAUCAAAUGUGUCAUGCGGUGUGCAGUUAUCAUGGCAUAUAACUUAAUCCUCGAAACCUCCUUUCUUGUUGAUCAGAAAGCGAUGUUCUCUACUAUUCCUCCAGUUAAUGUGGCAGAUAUCUUGCCAAUCAAUAAAGAAUCCAGCGAUUCAGCUUCUAUUUAUUCAAGUGUUCCGUCUGUUGAGCGUUCUGAUGAAAAUGGAAUAGUUAGUACUGAUAUUCCCAUAUACAAUGGACUUCAUGAUAAAAGUACCAAUGAUUUAACCGUAGAAACUGAAGAGUUUUCACCAUUUUCUUAUGAACCAUAUAAUCCAGCUGUCUUUUCUGGAUUCUCAGCAAUUUCAUCUUCUCUGAAAAAGGUUAUGGGGGACAGUUUCCAGCUGUCUGCUCCUUACCAGUCUCUAUCGACAUACUUUGGCUUCAAUGGAAGGAAACUUAAUGUUCAGGUCAACAAUUCUAUUUCUAUUAUAGACUCUCCAGAGGCAGAUGAAAAUACUAAGAUUGAAGAUAAAAAUAAUUCUGAUGAAGUAAAGUUGCUUAACGAGGGACAAACCCUGUCUUCCCCCGUGUACUUGGAUUCCAAUGGUGAUAUAAGUAAAGUUGAUAAUGAUGGAAAAGAACUCCAAAGUAAAGAUGAUAUCAAUGCAGUGUUGGAUUCUCAGAGUAUUUUGGUCUUGAUGUCUAGCCGUAACGCCUUAAGAGGAACUGUAUGCCAACAAAGUCAUUUUUCCCAUAUUAUGUUCUACAAGAAUUUCGACAUCCCACUUGGAAAGUUUCUGCAGGAUAACCUUCUCAAUCAGACAAGAACUUGUGACACCUGUCAAGAAUUGCGGGAAGCUCACCUUUAUUAUUAUGCUCAUAACAAUAAACAACUUACCAUACAAGUGAAACAAUUGCCGCCAGGAAUUCUUUUGGCUGGGGAGGCUGAACGGAAAAUUUGGAUGUGGAGCCGCUGUGGGAAAUGCAAGUCUUGUUCUACAAAGAGAGUGUUGAUAUCCACCACUGCUCGUAGUCUAUCGUUUGGAAAAUAUUUGGAGCUUAGCCUUUCUCACUACUCAUCUAGCAGAAAAUUGAGUUGUGGUCAUUCUCUUGAUAGAGAUUUUCUCUACUUCUUUGGAUUAGGUCGCAUGGUUGCAGUGUUCAGAUAUUCUUCUGUCAUUACUUAUACCGUCUCUAUGCCUCCUCAAAAGCUAGAGUUCAGUAGUGCAAUAAAACAAGAGUGGCUUUUGGAAGAGGCCGAGAAUAUAUGUUCUCUAUUCGGACAUUGUAUAAUAUAUUUCUUGAUUUGUAAAGACUGAAAUAUAUUAUAUAAUUAUUUUCGUGAUUCUCAUGCAUUAAAAUCACCUUUUCUGAUGUUGUUUAAUAUUACUUGUAUCACUGAGGAAAAACUCAGAGAGGGGCCAGCUUUGAGUAUUAAGAAGAAAAAAAAAUAGAGAGAAAUAGAGUGGUUUAACGCCAUUUCAACUUCACGCACCACCACCAUCUCUCUCUUCCAUAUUUGAAUAUGCAUGCUUUGGCUGAGAUAUUUUGUAUAUUAGAUGAUUUGGACUGUGUUCGGAAA